UCUUUAUAAUUAAAUUAUUGAAAUCCAAUUAGACAACUUAGGCUGUAAAAAAAUAUACCUUUACCUGUGUCGACGUUCAGAAGGUAAACGAAACGUCGCGGAAAUUAAAAAGUAAAUGAGCUAGCUGAAGUGACGGUCGACAGCUCAUCGUUGCGUUGUUUUCGAUGAUAAUUUUAAAGUUUUUAAACCUUUGCUAGGAGUGUAGUGAUCUAAAUCUUUAUACCAAGAUGUGGGAUCCAACGCAUGUUCAAGUUACUAUUCAAAGAGCUCGUGGACUUUUGAUCAAAGGUAAAAAUGGUGCAAAUAACUGUUUUGUUACGAUCGCUCUCGGUAAAGAUAAAUUCCAAACUUCCGUCAAACACAAAGCAACCCAGAAUGUCGAAUGGGUAGAAGAAUGCGAAUUACGCAUACCUACGCAGGGAAAUACGGCUGAGAUUGUUUUAAAGGUGUACGACGAAGAUCUAUUAAAAGACCAUUUACUAGGUCAAGUAUCGAUUCCGUUAAAAGACCUCGAUGUUUACGAGCGGCCAAGAAGCCGUUGGUAUACCUUGCAGGGAAAAUCUGGAAAGGAAAAUGAUAAACCUAGGGGCGAGUUGGAAGUGAAAAUAGCUUUUACUGUCAAAGAAGGAAGCUUAACUGAUUUGAGCAAGAAAGAUAAACAUAGGUCUUCUUUGUCUAGCAUCGCGCAGAAUGUAGGUGGCAGUCUCAUGAGUAUUGGUAGCAUUGAAAAACGUAAAAGCAUCAAGAAGUUUGCUAAGAAUCUUGGUUCCAAAAUGAAUUUGAAUAAGAAAGAUAAGAAAAGUGACUCAUCAUCCUUAAGUGGUAGUAUUGGGAACCUAAAGAGUUCUACGUUUUCUACUCCUGAGCAUUCCACUCCCAAACGCGUGCCAGGGGAAGCAGACCCUGGGGUCAUCAGUGAAGAUGAUGAUGAAUUUGCUUUUGAUGAUUUGUCCCAUAAAAGCUCUGGAAGCUCACUUAAUGUCCAAACUUUACCUCGGGGACAUAAAUACACACCAUCACCAGUGAAUGCUUCAUUGGAAAAUCUAGGAGGAGGUGAAUUCUUGAGAAGAUCCACCAGUAGUAACUUGGCAGCACCAGACAAGCAAGCUCCACAGAAGCCUGUGCGCCUGAGCCUGGACACAUUCACACCUCCACAGCUACCAGCACAGGUCAUUGACAAUAAUGAUGAGUGGUCACAGAAACUAUACUCCAAGAGAAAAUCAAACAGUCAAUUAGCUAUUGAUAGAGAAAAGUCUUCAAGUCUAGAAAGGAACAAGAAACUUGAUAGUCCAAGUUCUUUAAAAGAGAGGCCUAGUCCAAAGUUCUUCAAGAAAUUUGGUAGUAGCAACAAACAGAAGAAAUUGUUGGAAGAGCGCAUUAUUGUCGGAGAAGAGAAUAUUGCCGAGGAAGACUCCAUAAACCCAGCAUUCAAUAACAUUCCCAAAUCCAUUGUUAAAGAUUUUGAUGGCAAGUCUCGAGAAGACCUAAUGGUCAUGGUUUAUAACUUGCAAAAAGAUGUUGAACAUGAGAAGAAGAAAAAUAAAGAUCUCGAAAACUAUCUGGAUGAACUGCUUCUAAGAGUCAUGGAAACUACACCAAGAAUUUUACAGAAUCCUUACACUAGAAAUAACAGCAUGCAUAUUAGAAACAAAUAAUUGUUGUUGUGUAAUUGCUGAAAAAAUAUCUGUAAAGUUAUCAAUUGCAUGAUUGCAAAGAUAAAUAUAUGGCAUGCCUCAUUGUAUUCAAUGUUUAUGUUAUAAUCAUUGUUUAAAGAAAUUUUCUUUGAGCAUUGUUUAGGUUGCUAUAUAAUAUGAUUUAUGCUGAACAAGAAUUAUAAUUGAAAUAAUUGUUUUUCCAGUGAGGUAUUGAGUAAUCACUAGUGACACUUAUCUAUUAAAAUUAGUGGAGAGUUGUGUAUGAAUCAAGUUUAAUAAUCUACAUGCUCAUCAACUUUCACUUCUCUGAAGAUCUAAUCACAUACAAACUUAGUGCCUUAUGUAUUUGAAAAGUCUGUGAUAGAUAUUAUAAUUUGGUUUAUUCGGAUUCAUAUUUCUGAAAUUUUGUAUGUUUAAUAUCUUAUCUGCUAUUUCCAAUCUCAGGGAAUCAAGAUGAUAAUCACGUCACGAUAAGUCAAUUUAACAAAUGUGCUACUUGUACUGUUAUUUAAAUUUUAGUUGUAAUUCCAGUACCUAAUUUAUACAUAUAAAAUCAUAUUAUUUGUAGAGUCAAAUACUAUAGAGUGAAACAAUAUUGCACUGCCAUUAAUUGUGUAAAACUGUACAGGUACUUCUCACUUUCAUACAAAUACUAAAGUUGGUGCCAAACAGAAAGAAGCUCCGUUUUAUAUUAUACUUACCUCAAAAAUAGAAAAACUGAUCAAACAUCAAAAUGAUUGUGAUAUUGAGUGCUUCUUAUUCAUUAAAAAAUUAGGAAAGACUAGUUGAAAUGAUAAUAUGUAAGAUUUUUUUUCGUCAAAGCUAUCUAUCAUUCUCAUAAACAUAAUGCUUAUUGCUUGUUCACACUAUGGGUAAUCUAUCUCACAAUCCUCAUGACACAUGUUACAUGAGUCAUAAGUGUGUAUAAUAAUGAGGAGUGACUAAGGCAUUGACUGUGACAUAUAGGUAGAUAGCUCAAAGAUUUUAAAAUCCUUACAAGACUCAAAGUGUUGUACCUAAAGAAUCCAUCCAAAUUUAAUUCCAUGAGGUUGUUCAUUAUUUAUUUCUUAGUCUAAAAAUAUUUUUCCUUAAUUAUAGUCGCAUUAACAUGCAUAUUAUAUCAAGUAUUUUUUAGUGCAAAUCAUAUAAUAUUUUCAUAUAAUUUACGUAAAUCAAAACUUAUUUUGUAAGAAAUGCCUUAGUGCAAUAAUUAAAACUUAGUAGGUAGAUUUGUUUUUGUUGAUAUCUAUACAUUUUAUGUUAAACUAACAUUGAAGUAUUACUUAUUAACAUUAACAUUAACAUAGAUACUUGUAACAAAUACUUAUAUGAUUGAUUCAUGGGGAUCUGAGGAUUGUUUAACAUUUAUAAUUUUAUUUUAAUUGUGUCAUAGACUUAUCUAUUUAAAGUAGGUAGGUAAAUAGAAUAGAUGUUGAUUUAUAAAAUGUUUUUAACAUUCUUCCAUUUAUAAUAUAUUGUGAUAUUUGUUCAAAAGGCGAACGGAACAAAUUAACAGUAGAUUGUAUUUAUAAAACGAAACGUGAAGCAAUUAUUGAAUAAGAAAUAAAGGCCUUGUGUAUUAUUGAAAUACUUGUUUAACGAUUAUUACUAGAUUUAUUUAUUUGAUUAAGUAUAUUGAAUAGAUAAAUUAUUUUUCUAAUUAGUAUAAACUACUAACUCUUAAGUUAAUUUUAUGAAAACAAAGUUAAGAGGAAAGUAUGUUUAUACCAUCCGAUAAAAAUGUCUACAUUUGUCUCUGAUUUUUUCAAUAAACUUUUUUUUCUAAU